ACGUGUUUUGGUUUGUAAACAGCGGAGCACACAAACGUUCUCUGUCUCUGUAACGUCCAGUAACUAAUGAAAUGAAAUAAAAUGAUGAGAAAUGACAGCACGGAUGAACACACGGUUGCCAGAAAGAAAUGAUGAGCUCUGGGUUUCCAGAUGAGUUGGAUUCUCCAGUUGACCUGGAGUCUUUCGAGGUGGUUUCCCCAUCGACUCCUGGCCCUUUAGAUGUGGAAGAAUGCACACACCACUUAGCAACAGCAAAGGAAAAGCCCAAGCUCAAAAACAAGCUCGUGUCAGCAUGGAACAAUGUGAAAUAUGGAGGUUGGUCCCUGAAGUCCAAACCUCGUCUGAGUAAAACCUCCCCCGUGUGGCUUCUGGGGAACAAGUACCAGCUCAGCUUUGCUGAUGAGAGGGAGCACUUUCGACGUGUGUUCUACUCUCUCUUCUGGCUGACCUACAGGAGGGGCUUUCAGUCUCUGGAUGGCUCAUCUCUCACCUCGGACGGCGGGUGGGGCUGCACACUGCGCUCCGCCCAGAUGCUGCUCGCUCAGGGUCUACUUCUACACACCAUGCCCCCAGGCUGGACGUGGCAGGGCACCAACCACAAAACCAAAGACGAUCUGGAGGUCAGAACCCCCCGAGCCCGCAGCAGGAGACGGAGCGAGGGUGCCAUACUGGGUGAAUGUGAGGACGACCACCGACGCCUAGUGAAGUGGUUCGAGGAUACGCCGUGCUCUCCGUUUGGCCUCCAUCGGCUGGUGGAGCUGGGUAGAACAUCAGGAAAACGAGCAGGAGACUGGUACGGCCCCUCCAUCGCUGCACAUAUACUGCGUAAGGCCGUAGCGGUGUCUGAUGUGAGGGACCUGGCUGUGUACGUAGCGCAGGACUGCACUGUGUAUAUUCACGAUGUGCUGAGAUUGUUUGAGGAUGCCCACUAUGCCAGCCCCACCAAACACAAAGCUCUUAUUAUACUGGUUCCUGUGAGACUUGGUGGAGACACUCUUAACCCUGCAUAUGCUGACUGUGUGAAGCAACUAUUUACGCUGAAAAGCUGCAUUGGAAUCAUCGGAGGAAAACCCAAACACUCGUUAUAUUUUGUGGGAUUUCAGGGCGAGCAGCUCCUGUAUCUGGAUCCUCAUUUCUGUCAGUCGGCUGUGAAUAUGAGUCAAACCAGCUUCCCUCUGGAGUCGUUUCACUGUAAGGCAGCAAGGAAGCUGCCAAUCCAGCGAAUGGACCCCAGCUGCACUCUGGGAUUUUACACUAAGAGCAGGAAGGACUUUGACACUCUCCGGUCAGACAUCACCAGGGUACUCAUUUCCUCCACAGAGACCUAUCCCAUCUUCACCUUUGUGGAGGGCGGCGGGCAGGACGAGCACGAUCAUGCCGAGUUGAACUUUGAUCCUGUCAUAAACGUCCCACCCAGAGACAAAGCAAGACGACGUGAUAAGAGAAGCAGUGCGGACGAAUUUGUGCUGCUCUGAAUUUAUUAGCGAAGGCUUCCAACCUGCUUAAACUUGCACUUUAAUCAUGAACUACUGAAAUCCAAACUGUAGGACUUUUGAUACUUGACUAAAAAUGGAUGUGUAAGUCACUUUAUCUGAAAUUCUGAUUUUUUCUGAUCCUGAUUUGGUCUGUUAUUCUGAGAUCCAGUCAGGUUCAAUGUGUUGUGUCCAAAAUAAAUAUGCAGUAUUUCCUCGCCCCACAAAAACACCUGAGAUUUAAAUUUUGCUCCGCUUGCUCUCUGUGUAAUUUUUUCAGCUGUGAACUAGUGCCCCCCUGCACCCAACCCGCUCCUUUCCUUAUACACUACUGCCAAUAAUCCAUUAAGCAAACCAACAGUGUGAAGAAAAUCAUAUAAUUUAGUGGUUCAGUUCAAUGCAGCCAAAUAAACAUUUCUAAAGUCUUUUUGCACAAAA